GCCAUACCCUUUUUCAUAUUUGCAAAAAAAUUGACCUAGCCUUCCUGUUUUUCUUUUGUAUGUUAUUACAGAUUUCAGAGGUGAACAUGGGUCUCUUGAAUCUCAUUGAUUGAUGGUGGACCAAAAUUUUGAUGAGCAAGUCAGAUGUUGUUCAGCUGUUGAAUAUUAUAUGCACAUCCACGAAGUAAGACUGUCUCUCCUUGGAGAGAGAUUAUAAAAUGCAUGUUAUGAAUUGUGUCUCCUUGGUGAAUGAUAAGGAAAAUGGAGCAAUUUCAGCUGAAGCUGGAUUAAUGAUUGGGGAUACCAACGAACCAGAAGAGCAACCACCCCCACCCCCAGCCCCCCCUCUACCAUGUCUGUCCAUAGAAGCUGGAUUUCCUUCAUCAGCAGGAGUGCCACCACCGCCACCCCCUCCUCCUCCCAUAAUAAGCAGAUCUUCAGCACCACAACUGCUAAAUGGACAUGGCCACCUGAGCAAGAAGAAACGAAUACGCAGUUUCUUUUGGAGAACGAUCCCUGAAGAACAAGUCCGUGGUAAAAACAAUAUCUGGACUAUUAGUGCUAAGCAGAACUACCAAAUUGACACAAAGACAAUUGAGGAAUUCUUUGGCCAGCAAGAAGAAGCUACACCUCUAGAAUCCAGAAGCAGAGCUUUAAGAAGGUCAUUUAAAGAUUCCAAACAAGAGAUUAAUAUUUUGGAUGCCAAAAGAAGUAUGAAUAUUGGGAUUUUUCUCAAACAGUUUAAAAAAUCGCUUGACUCUAUAAUUGAAGAUCUUCACAUUGGAAGACUUGACCUCUAUAGUUCUGAGACCCUGCGUGAACUUCUUAAGUUAUUGCCAGAAACUGAGGAGGUAAAGAAAUUAAAGGAGUUCAGUGGAGAUCUAUCAAAAUUGUGUCAAGCAGAUUCAUUUAUGUAUUUGCUAAUCCAGGUGCCAAACUAUUCCCUGCGCAUUGAAGCAAUGGUGUUAAAAAAAGAAUUUUCUCCAUCAUGUACUUCACUGCAGAAAAACAUGACAAUUAUAAAAAUGGCUACAAAGGAGCUGAUGUGCUGUGAAGAGUUGCAUUCCAUAUUGCACUUGGUCCUUCAGGCUGGGAAUAUUAUGAAUGCAGGAGGCUGUGCUGGCAAUGCAGUUGGCUUCAAGCUAUCCUCAUUACUCAAGUUGGCAGAUACAAAAGCAAACAAGCCUGGGAUGAAUCUGCUUCAUUUUGUUGCUUUGGAAGCCCAUAAGAAAGAUAAAGUUCUUCUAACCUUUUCAGAAAAAUUGAAGCAUGUCCAUGAGGCAGCAAGGAUAUCCCUAGAAAGUAUUGAAACUGAACUUCACUCCCUGUCAUCAAAGACAAAAUCUUUAAAGGAUUGUAUUCGCCGGGACUCAGAACUCUUUCGGCAGAUGGAAGGAUUCCUUCAGUUUGCUGUUAAAGAACUAAAAGAACUUGACCAUUGGAAACGAGAUCUGAUGAAAGAAGCACAUGCCCUUAUAGAUUUUUUGUGUGAAGACAAAGAAACUAUGAAACUGGAGGAAUGCUUUCAGAUCUUUCGAGAUUUUUGUCUAAGAUUCAACAAAGCCGUUAAGGAAAACAAAGAAAGAGAGGCUCAAGAACUUCAGCAGCUACAGCGACUUAAGGAGCUAGAAGAUAAACGCCGGUCGUGGCUUGCUGGGGAUAUCAGUACUUUUGGCAGGAGCAGUAGUGAGAAUGAUGUUGGGACCCUGACAAAGCGAGGACUUGAAGAAUUUUUACCCUUUUUGCAACAAAGACCCCAAAGUCCCUCAUAUAGAAACACCAGCACAAGACGUUCUCGACAUUCCUUGGGCGUGACUGCAGAAAGAGAGCUCUUGACCUUCCUGGGUACCUCAAAAGGAGAAGAUCUGAACAAGUUUAACAGUCUCCCUCGUGAACACGCUUGUCCAACAAGACCGAAUAUAGCAUGGUCAGAAAGUAAGGAGCCCGUGGAUGUCAGUUUCACUCAUUUGCACUUAGACCAUGGUCCUAAAAAAACCAAGGAUUACAGUUACCAGUUUUUCCCAUCUCAGGCUCAACAUGUAGAAGAUACUUCCCAUGCUAACCUCUAUAGCAACCAAGAGAAAUCAGAUGAUGACAAGUACAGGUUCAGUGUGCCUUGUAUGGAAUCCACUGGUGCAGUUCUUUGGAACCUAUCUAUGGAAGAACAUGAACAUGUUCCAGGACUGCAUAAGUUUGACCUUCAUGAAACAAAUGAUAUAGAGGAUCCAUCUGCAGUUCAUUUUGUGGCUGGCAUGCAAGGCUUAGAUAAUGAGGAUGAUCCAGCCUUAUACUCUCCUGGCAUAACAGGAAAUCCAUCCAAUAGAGUAAAGACUGAUUACAAAACUGAACAUCCUGCCAAAAUGAUGAGUCAUGUUAAUGAAGCUCCAGAGCCUGAUAGUGGUAGCCCCAUAUCUUCAGAUGGUAGUAUUUCAGGAACUAACACACAAGGACCAAUUUUCUUUGAAUCAGAUUUUGAAUGUUCAUUGACACUUGAUCUCUCAGAAGAAAACAGUCCAAAGUUAGGUGGCAAUAAAAUAGACAACAAAAAUGCUAAGUCCCCUUAUAUGAAUGAUCUGCAAACUGAUGAUAAUGCCAUCUUUUCUAAUGAUAAAUCUGACUCUAGUAAUAAGCCUAGUUUUCCAAAGGAGAAACAAGUAAGGAGCAAAGAUGCAUUAGGACCAAAGAGAAAUUCUUUGAAAGAUAAAACUUCAGGUACCACAAAAUCCAGCACUGCCCCUCCAAAUCAUCCCAGACCUGUGAGAACACUGAAUUCAUCAGAGAAUGCAAGCAUGAGAAAAGUUGUACCCAUUUCUAGGUCCACUAAACCAGCAUCUCCUAGUUGCCCCAAAAAGCCAGAGGCUAAGCCUGCACCUCGAGACGUGGCUGUAGCUGAAACACGUCUGUCACGUCGUAAUUCUGUCCGGGGUACCAUAGAUGCAGCCCCAAAACCUCAGUAUCGGCAGAGUAUAUCAGUAGAGGAGCCAAAAUUCCAGUGUGGAACUUUGAAUUCAAGCAGUGGCCAUUUUGAGAAGGAGCAGCUUCAACACAAAGGCUCUUUCAAAAAGCCAAGCUGCAAACCAGUCAGAUAUGUUCCCAAGUCAAAAAAUGAUGAAACAAAAAUGUGCCGUUCCUUGACCAAAUCUCAGUGCCCUGUAGAUACUAACAAAAGCACAUCUGUCACAGUUCCCAAGGCACCAGCUCCUGUUCCGAGUUUUGCAAGAAAUACAGUGGCCUCUUCUUCAAAAUGUGCAAAGGUGGACUUGCCUCCCCCUUCCAGAGCUCCAACUCUCACAAGGUCUUUGUCUCAAAGGCUACCUCGAAUGAAAGUAACAGCAGCCUCUGAUGAUUCUAACCCAAAGGAAAACAGUGGAAGCACACUGAAAAGAGCCAAUAGUGCUAGAAUUAUCAAAAGAAACACUGACAACAGUGAGCUUCUAAGUGUUAAAGCAGAACCUAUGCUGAGGGAACAAAUAAUAAUGGAAAAAUCAGGAUCCCUUAAAUGCAAAGAUGGGAGUCAAGCUACAAUUGGGAAACUAUUGAAUCACUUUUGAAACAUAAGAGCUUUUGUAUCAUUUGGCAAUAUAGAAUGUGAAAACCA